UAUGUGCCGGUUGUUUUGAAAGUGCUUUCCUUGAUCGAAACUUAUUCAGGUAUCCGCUGACGAGAGUUACAGCGGGUUUGAUUUAGUUUUGCAACACGGAUUGACAUGGAGAACAAACAGGAAAAUAUGAGAAAGAAGCAAUCUCGUCAAGUCGUCCCUGGGAGAGCUAGGAGAUCUUUGGAGACUGUUGUCUCGAAGCAGAGCCCAGCGAAAGCCAAGAACGUCUUGCCCAGUCGUGCCGUUGGUGCGCUUGCUGAGAAAAAUAUCACCCAGCGUUCUCCGCUUAAGCAGAUGCAGAAUUUGCAAGCAGACAAGAAAGCAGAAAGAAAAGAAUUAGAUCCACCCCUGCAGUUCUGUGAUGGAGACCAAUGUGACGAAGAAGAAGAGGUUUUCUUUGGGGACAUGUCACUGAAGGAAAAGAGCAAGGUAGAUAAACUGUCUCACAAAAGACGAACCAUGGUGUACAUACCAGGAUUCAGGAGACACCUCAAGAUGGAAAACCCAGGAGACGAAGCCAAAAACGAUGGGGGAGGGGUUGGUAAAAGCAAUUCUAAGGAGGAUGAGUUUCCAGGCCCCGAUGAUGACGAAAACAUUGGCAUUCACAGUCGCUGCAGUGUUGCCAGUCGUACCUCAAACAGCAGCCUGUUUGACCAUGCUAGAAUCAUGAACAGUGCUAGUAGUCUGGAUUUACCAGGAUCUAGACCGGAGAGUGCUUUAAGCUCAGUGGAUAGACUGAGUUGUGCUAGUAACUGUGGUACUAGCAGUAAGGACAAUUGUGUUAGAGAAGAUUGUGACCAGCAUCAGACACAGAGACCCAGCAGUAUCAGUGUCACAUCAGAUUGUGCCAGUGAAGCCACAGACGAUUGUGAACUGGACCAGGGUCAUCUCUAUUCCAGGCCAACCAGUAGUUUGUUCUCCUCUGGAGAAAUUCCUUCAAAUUCCAUGGUGUCAUCAGCUAGACCUAGUGUUGCCAGUGUAGCUUCUUCUAACGACCCACUCAACGAGGCCCAAAUAUACACAGACAGCCAAUUAUCUGGUUGUUCUGAUUCCUUCCCAAAGCUUUCUUUAGAUGGUGCUGCGGAGAGUGAUUUUAGAGAACCCAUAAGAGAACCAGAUGUCAUGAAUAAUUCUAGUCCCACCACAAUUAGAGAGGAUACAAUAGAGGUGUCAGGGGUGGCAAAGAUGGAGUCCACAUCUUUAGAAAGUGAUUUAAAAAGUGAUAAGUUGAUCUCAGAGGAUUUAAAACGCAUGAAGAGUUGUGAUGAAAAUAAAAAGAAUAAAAAUAACGAACAAGAAAAAUGNUUAGAGAGGAUACAAUAG